CACAGAUUUCAACACACUCCACAGUAACUAUAGCUAGAUAGAGCAACGUCUUUCACAUUACACAUACACCUGUCUCACUGUUGCCAUGCCAACAUCGCGAGGAGAGGGACAAGAACCCGACCACCCCACCACCACCAUCCUACGCCGCGGCGGGGGCGACGGUGGUGGCACCGGCGGGGACGCCGCCGGGGACGGCGGCGCCGCGCCGAGGCAGGUGUGGGUGCCCGGCCCGGUCAUCGUCGGCGCCGGCCCGUCGGGGCUGGCGACGGCGGCGUGCCUCAAGGCGCGCGGCGUGCCGUCGCUGGUGCUGGAGAAGGACGCGUGCGUGGCGGCGUCGUGGCGGCACCGCACGUACGAGCGCCUCCGGCUGCACCUGCCGCGGUGCUUCUGCGAGCUCCCGCUCUUGCCGUUCCCGCCCGGCACGCCGCCGUACCCGACGCGGGACCAGUUCGUCGCCUACCUCGACAGCUACGCGCGGGUCUUCGGCAUUGCGCCCCGCCUCGGCGCGCGCGUCCGCAGCGCCGCCUACGACGCCGCCAUCGGGUUCUGGAGGGUCACCGCAGACGAGGGCGCGGAGGGCGGCGGCGCCACGGCCACGGAGUUCGUGUCGCGGUGGCUCGUCGUGGCCACCGGCGAGAAUGCGGAGCCAGCGUGGCCGGAGGGCGUCGAGGGGAUGGACGGCUACCGCGGCGUGGCCAUGCACACGAGCAGCUACAAGAAGGGGGACGAGUUCAGGGGCAAGAAUGUGCUCGUCGUCGGCUGCGGCAACUCCGGCAUGGAGGUCAGCCUCGACCUCUGCAACAAUGGUGCCAAGGCCUCCAUGGUUGUCAGGGACAAGCUUCAUGUGUUGCCCAGGGAGAUACUAGGCAUUUCGACAUUUGGCCUCUCUGUGUUCCUUCUCAGGUGGCUCCCCAUAAAGCGGGUUGAUUCUGUGCUGCUCUUCUUCUCUAGAUUGAUCCUUGGAGACACUGAAAAAUACGGUCUCCCGCGACCAAAGAUCGGGCCACUUCAAAUCAAGAGUUCAACUGGUAAAACACCAGUACUCGACAUAGGAGCUCUGAGAAAAAUAAAAAAUGGAGAAAUAAAGGUGGUCCCAGCAAUCAACCGGUUCACAGAGAAUGGUGCUGAGUUUAUAGAUGGCCACAGAGAGGACUUCGAUGCCGUCAUCUUCGCUACCGGGUACAAAAGCAACGUGCCUUCAUGGCUCAAGGAGGAGGAGUUCUUCAGUCAUGCUGAUGGGUUCCCAAGGAAGCCAUUCCCACACAGUUGGAGGGGCAAGAAUGGCCUCUACGCCGCCGGCUUCACCAGGAAGGGCCUCAUGGGCACCUCCUAUGACGCUCUGAGGAUCGCCGGCGACAUCGUGGACCAGUGGACCGAGGCCUUUGCAAGCCCCACUGCUGCUCACAGAAGCAGUGACCACGGUGCUUGAGACGCACAUCAUUAUGGGCGCCGCGCGCGGACCCGUCUCCGGUCCAUAGGUGAUAGGUAUUGGUGCCGAUCUCUAGAUUGGUUAUGUUUCUGGUGUCAUAAAUCUUCAGCUGUUAAUUUUUUGUUUCCAUUUUACUUCCUGUGUGAGAACUUGUUGUGACUGGAGGUGCAUGUGUGUGUAUAUGUGUGAGAUAAACUCUUUAUGUAACCACAAUAGUAGCAGUGGAAUAUAAGGUGUGUGUAGGUUUGGUGUUCA